UGUAUGAGGAGUUAAGCAGCAUGAUCGCAUCUUGUGAUGAAUCACAUGUAGAAGGGAACGGGGAAACCCAUUUGGAAAGUAAUGAACCUGUUGGGAAAGUUAAGGGAAUGAACUGCAGUGUUUCUGCGGGGAACAAGGCCAUCCGGUCGGUUGCACCCGUGAUCGCACCUGCGUCUACCUGUCAACGCGUCUCUCUGCCAGGUGUGAUGGACGCCGAGGGCAGAGUGGACGAGUCCAGACUUCGGAUGUAUAUAUUUAAAAACGGUGGUGUGUCGCCUGAGGAACGGGGUCAGGUAUGGCGCUUUCUGUUUGGGAUGUAUCCCUGCAGCUCAACGGCUCUGGAGCGCUCCCUAUUGCUGGAGCAGAUGGCAGUGCGCUAUCAGGCCAUGAAGAGGAAAUGGCAACAGCUGCUUCCUGAAACCGUUUGCCUGCAUCUCAAUGGCACAGAUGGGGAACUCUUGAAAGCUGUGAAAUAUUUUGAUCAGAGGCAGGACAGAGAGCGCAAUCGGCAGCAGUACCGGUCAGAAGAAGUCAAAGAGGGGUUGUCUUUUUUGGAGCUGCAGGCUCAGGUGCUGUUUGAACGGGUAACCUUUGACCUGGAAGAGCUUCAGGAGGCCAUACGCAUUAUUGACAAGGAUGUUCCUCGAACGGACAGAGAUCUGCCUUACUAUCGGAAUGAAGGCUUGGGAAACCUACUUGUGUUAAGAGAUAUCCUGAUCACAUUUGCUGCUUUUCACCCAGAAGUGAGUUACGCUCAGGGUAUGAAUGACCUGUGCAGCCGCUUUCUGGAGGUACUGGACUCAGAAGUAGACACGUACUGGAGUUUCUCCUGUUACAUGGAGAAGUUUUCCAAAGACUUCUGUGCUGAUGGACUGUAUCGCAAAAUGAAGCUGGAGGCUGCUUUACUAAAGGAACUGGAUCCUCAGCUACAUUCUCAUCUGGUCACAGAUAGCAUGGAUAGAUUCUCAUUCUGUCACAGGUGGCUGCUUUUGGGUUUCCAGCGUGAGUUUGAACACAGCGAGGCUCUGCGUCUAUUCGAAAUUCUCAGUUGUGAUCACCUGGAGCUCAUCUCACAGCAGGUGGAUCAAGCUCGAUAUCGGGAGAGACUGGCACGAAAACACAGCCUGGAGGAUGAACCUUUGACGGAAGCUCAGGCGGUCAACACAGACUUCACCUUUGAACUCUUCAUGUGUGCUGCUAUCCUGCUGGAAAACAGAGAUACUGUACUGAGCUGCAGGAACGAGAUGGAGCUCAUCCAGUUUACAAGCAGUCUGCAGGGCAAGCUGGACCUGAACAGAACCUUACAAAAAGCUGAGGAACAUUUUUAUAACUACUGCAAACGCUCGGCUUGGGACUAUUUGAUCGCUCGCUAUCGCUUGCGCAAAAGCAAAGAGGACAACUUCUUAUAUCAACUACGUAACCUUUUCUCCUGAGACCAAAAGGCCUGCAUGGGAUUUUUCUGGGAAAGGUUUUGUUUACUGAUACUCAUGAAACUCGGGGUCUUGGGUUCUGUGUUCUCAUGGGACCAUCUGAUUUUAUUCUGAAGAAUGAUGCUGCUUUUAUCCAGGGAUUGGUUCAGGAAGUUCAGGAACAAUUUAAGGACGAAGGAUUUUCCAUUCCAAACCAUUUCAGUUUCUUCUAGGAUGAUUGUUGGAUCUCCGUUUAUGAGCCUUCUAUUAUGGUGUCAGGGUUUAGUUCUCCAACAAAUGAAAAUUCACUUAUUAUUUACUCACCCUCAUGUUGUUCCAAACCCAUAUGCUCAAAAACACUACUGUCAAGCUCCUAAAGGAUAAAAAAAAACACUACAAGUACCAUAAAGGCAGUCCAAAUGACUUUAAUUUAUUUACUGAAUUUUCCUUUCUGCCAAAGCUUUUAAAACUCAUUCAGUAUGUGUCUGAUUCAAAGAUUGAGCACUGACAUGUCAUGCCAGGUUUGAAGCUAUUGGUUCUAGGACAUUUAUGGUGUUUUUUUAUUUUUUAUUUAUUUAUUUUUUGGGCUCUUUUUGUUGUCUUCCAAAUAAUAGCAUGCAGGUUUGAAAUGACUUGAGGGUGAAUAAAUAAUGACAGAAUUUUCAUUUUAGCUUGAACUAUUCCUUUUAAGAAAUAAGACACUUACUUGAUUAAUUUAAAUACUUUACAACUAUAGUUUUAAUUACCUUUUACCCUCAUUGUGCUUGAAAAUAUAGGUAGGAUUUUGAAAUUAAAAUGUUUUAGAUUUUUAUUUAUUUAUGUUUUAUUCUUUUGGUGUCACUUAAGACUUGAUUAAGCCCAUUGAUUUCAGAUAUGCUUCAUUUGUUACAGUGAAGCUUGCAAUAUCAGACUUGGCAACACAGGGAACAGAAAUCCUACUGCUAAUUUAAGCAGGACCUGACCUGUGAGUAUUAUUCAAUCUCACAAGUAUCAAGUGCUGGCUUAUGUAUAGGCCACAUUAGAACACGAAAUAAUAAUAGAAACACUACAUUUGAACAGCAAAAGUUCUAGAAGACACACUGUGGUGUUCUAUGAACAAAUGUAAAGAGUUCUCAAAUUUCUACUCAUCAGAAAUAGCUUAUUUAAGGGUUGGGGGUGACCCAUGAGUCUGUACCCUUGUUUUAAUAUGUAAAGGCCACAAAAUAUAAGUGUACAUGGGUAUGUGGAAUAUUAUACGAAUAAUGUCACAUGUAAGUAGGAUGCAAUGGUUAAAUAAUUUUUUUUAAUGUAUUUUUGGUUCUUAUGAACUGACAAAAUAUGACACUGCACAUUCAGAGAGGGAGUGCUGUUAAAGUGUGUUUUCUACAGUAUGACUGAUCAACACUUUUGGGAUCGGAGACUGUUAUUUUAAUGCAACCCAUUUUUUUUAAUGCAACCCAUUUUUUUUUUACCACAAAAUAAAUAAAUAACUUGUCCCUUGUUUAUUUAAAGAAAAAGCAAAAUUUGUGCUUACAGUAAGGCACUUAUAAUGGAAGUCACUAAACGUUAAUAAACGCACUGUUUCAAAAGCAUAGGCACAAAAUGUUAUGUUUACAUGAUAUUAGAGUUAUAAUAUUUAUUUUCUGCGUUAUGUUAAUUAAAUCACUCACAGGGUUUAAACGUGUUGCAUUGUCAUGGUAGCAAUGUUGAAAUAUUGGCUGUAACUUCACACAGUAAAUUUCAUUUAUUUUUCAUUUAAGCUGUAAAUAAAAAUAAUGUUCGCACUUUUAAUGUUUACAUCUUGUGGUUAUACUUUUGAAACGAUGUGUAUUUGUUUUGUUUACGGACUGGUCUCAUUCACUUCCAUUGUGAACGCCUUUCUAUAACAGCAAUUUUUGCUUUUUCUUUAUAAACGGGACAAGUCUAUAUAUUUUUUUUUUUUUUGUGGUAAUCAAUAUUUUGCCACAAAUGAUGUUGUUUGAAACUAGAAUUUUUUUUUUUUUUUCAUUUAAUGUAGCAAGAGUUAAAAGCAAUGUUAAAUAAAGUGUAUGAAUCACAGACUGAUUUUCUUUUAUCUAUUUAUUUUUUGAGGUGACAAACUUAUGUGAUGUCUCUGUACUUCAUAUCAUUCACAAACUGUAUAUGUGUGAGAGAUGUUGAGAGGGAAAAGUCGUGAGUGUUUUAUUUUAAGAUUACUGUCACAUUGUCUCUUUCUAGAGAGUCACUUCACAAAGAAUAGACUCAUCCACACUGGCCUUUUUGAACCCACAAUACUGAUCUAAAGUGAAAUCUUCUUGUGAAAUAAAG